AUGAGGUCGCUUCGUUUCAUUUCUGCUGAAGCCGUGGUGUCCCACCCCCAGCUGGCACAGGAGGGCCUGGACAACGUAGCCUACAACCUCUACCCGCUUCUGUUUAAGGCCAGUUACCUGCUAGAGCAGACAGAAGUCACCCGUGCUGUGCUGAGUCACUGGCCGCUGGAGGAGUUUCGCCUGGCUGCGCUGCUGGGGCCGAACACUGACCACCCGGAAGAUCUGCGUGACCGUGCCUGCAAGGCCUGUCUGGAGGCCUGUAUGCAAGGCCUAGCUGACCGUGUGCUGCAAAACGGGAGCAACCGGCUUCGGGUAGCUGAUUUCACAGGCAUCCAGGAUGUACAGGUGCAGCAGUGUCCCUGUGGGAGAGCACUGGGAAGGUGGGGCCGAACCAAGGUCCUGGCCAGGACCUGCUGCCAGCUCCAAGAACAGCCCUGGGCAGCUGGGCACCCCACUGAAGUUUUUGCUGACCUUUAUGUCACGGAAGGCAAUUUUGACUUGGUGGUGCAGGCCCUGAGGCCGUCAGGCCCAGCCCCUCUGCAGGUCUGCUGCCCUUCCCUCCGGGCAGACAGCCUAAGCCCUGGGCAGCUCCUCCAAGUGCUCGGCCUGGCUCAGCCGGGCAAGCUUAGGAAGCUGGAGGUAGUGCACAACGUCAGGCUGCAUGCCGGCCACGUGCAGCAGCUGCUGGCCCAGGUGGGCUUCCCUCAGCUGACCUCACUCACUUUGCCCACCAAGGCCUUCGAUGCACCCCCAGCCUGGGCCCCGACUCCAGAGGGUGAGGACCCCCUCCUUAGCUCCAUCGCCUGGGAGCUUGGCCAGAUGAGCCAGCUCACGGAGCUCAGCGUAGCUUUCUCCACCCUGACAGGGAAGAUCCAAACAUUACUUAGCCCCCUCAAGACACCUCUAAGAGUGUUGGACCUAGCCAACUGUGCCCUUAAUCAUGAAGACAUAUCCUUCCUAGCAGACUGUAACCACACUGCCCACUUGGAGGUGCUGGACCUGAGUGGACACAACCUGGUACAUCUGUACCCUUCUACCUUCUUCAGGCUCCUGCGCCAGGCUGCCCCAACACUGAGAGUGCUUACCCUGGAGGAGUGCAACAUCACAGACAGUCACGUCAGCAUGAUGAUUCUGGGCCUCAGCCCUUGCAACCAGCUCCAGGAGUUCAAGUUCCUCGGGAACCCACUGUCAGGCAGUGCUCUCCAGCGCCUCUUUGCUGCACUCUGCGAACUUCCUAGGCUGCGCCACAUUGAGUUCCCGGUGCCAAAGGACUGCUACCCCGAGGGUGCCACCUACCCCCAGGAUGAGCUGUCGGUGUCCAGAUUCGACCAACGGAAAUAUGACAUGAUUGCAGAGGAUCUGCGAGCAGUACUGCUUCAAGCUAACCGGGAGGACAUCCAGGCUUCCACCCCCCUGUUUGGAAGUUUUGACCCAGACAUUCAUGAAACCAGCAAUGAACUUGGUACUUUUUUGUUGCAAGCUUUCAAAACUGCUCUGGAAAACUUUUCCAGAGCACUAGAACAAAUGGAGUAGGUCCUGGAAUCAUGCUGUAAGAGGCUGUGCAUUUCUAGUGC